GUCAAAAGCAACGGACUGAAGCGGCACAGCGCAGUUUGGUCACUGUCGGUCUCAGAUGUUGCAAAGAACGAACGCAGUGCACGUUUGUGUCGCCACCCUAUGACAACACAGUAAACGAAAGCACAUCGAAGCGAACACGAGCACAGCGCCUCUAGCUAGUCAACUCGCUUACCUUUCUGUGCCUUCCGCGGCAGUCGCGAUGGUGAUCGUCACGUCAACUGGGUCUGGAGUGCCUGGAACUUCGUUGAUGCAAGGCUCUGGAGCGGGGGGGGAUCCAGGACUGGCCUGAAGGACAGGGAAGCCGUCGUCAUCGGGGUUAGUCUGUCCUGAGGACAGUUCGGCCGUCGCCAGAUCACUUGGGUCCGACUCGAUAACCUGCAGGCAGCAGCGAAUGAAAUGGAAAGAGCUCGGCUCCAGAAGUCUACACUCUGCGCUGGCGGCUUACCACUGCGUCUAUCCCCCCAACCAGGAUGAAGGUAUUCUCACCAGGCGACGUUUCUUGGUUGGCCGUUCCAACCUUGUCGUAGGUCAGCUCAGUCCCCCUACAACAGCAAACACUCAGCCGACACUGUUUCCGUGACGCGACAUCAAGUCACCUGAUCUUGACCUCGAAGAGGGGUCCCUCCGCUACUUGGUUGUCGACAUUCCCCGGCGGAUUGAAGAGGGCGGCGUCCUCUCUCGUAUCCCUCCCGAUGAGGGCGUUUUCCGGUGUGUAGUCGGGAUUGCAGUGGAUUGUGGGAGGAUGCCCCAAUACACGUGCCGUGAGGAGGCAAAGCAGAAUGUUCACAAGAGUGUGCAUCUUGGAAUUUUUCUUUCGCCGACGUUAGCCUUCCC